AGCGCGUGUGCAGUGUGACGUCACGGACUGGAGCGGAGCCUCGAGCUGCAUCUUGUUGACGCUCCGCCAGGCUUCAGUGCUCAGAAGACCCCGAACGAGAGAGUGUGCGAGCGACGAGACGUUCAGGAAGUGGAUCAGGACACCCAGAACUUCAGUCAUCACUAUGCAUGUGUCGAAUUACCAGACGAUUUGUGUUAUUUAAAAAAGUUGAGGAGAAAACAAAGACUCAGAGAAAUAAAGAGCUCAAUAAGUUUGAAACCACAACAAACCUGCACUCAGACAUGGCCAGUACCCAGGCAAGUUUAAAAACCCCUUUUAAAGACUUGACCUCAUUCAAGGGCAACAUGAAACGGCUGUACAGAGAGCGACUGGAAGACGCGCCAAUUAAGAAACGAGUAAUGGCAGAAAUAAACCUAAUGCAUUGCAGCUUGGACUCCUUUCCUAAAACUCCCAAGGUGAAGAGAGAACAGGCUGAAGAGCGACAUCAUGACUCUGAUAUGGACAUGGAGGGUCGAGCUGAAUUGCAUGUGGUGGUGGGCUCUGCCAAAGCCCUCGACCUGAGCCCUGGACUUAAACAUACAUUGGCCCAAUUCACUCUGAGUAGCCAGAGCUCUCUUGGGGGCCCAGCAGCUUUUUCAGCCCGCACCGGCCAUGAGCAUUCUGCUGCUGGCAUGCCCCCCUUGCCCUCCCCUCCUGUUCUGGGAGGAGGCCCCCUGCUGGUUCCCUGCGACAGCUCAACUGAGCUCACCCACUCACUGCUGGAAGGAGAGUCGAUUUCCUGUUUCGUUGUGGGGGGUGAGAAGCGACUCUGCCUGCCCCAGGUUCUGAACUCUGUGCUCCGUGACUUUUCACUGCAGCAGAUCAACACUGUGUGUGACGAGCUGUACGUCUACUGUUCACGUUGUGAUGCUGAUCAGCUGCAUAUACUGAAGGUGCUGGGUAUCUUGCCAUUCAACGCACCAUCCUGUGGCCUCAUUACGCUAACAGAUGCACAACGUUUGUGUAAUGCUUUGCUACGUCCCGGGGCAACCUUUCCUGCUGACCCCAGUGGCAAAUUGUCAGCCCAAGGCCUGCUGAAGGAGAGCGAAGCCAGCUUUCAGGUGGAACACCAGUGUCUGGGGAAGUGCCAGGGCCUCUUUGUGCCACAGUUUUACACCCAACCUGAGGCACCGUGCAUCCAGUGCAUUGAGUGCCAGUUGCUGUUUUCACCGCAGAAGUUUGUCAUGCAUUCACACAAAUCACCUGAUAAGAGGACCUGCCAUUGGGGAUUUGACUCUGCCAAGUGGCCCUGUUACCUGCAGCUUGCCAGAAAGUACCAGGGCACAUCUGUGGAGCCCAGGCUCAAGCAUCUUCUGGAUGAGGUGAAAGAGAAGUUCCACUACCACCUCAAGAAGUCCAUUGAUAAAAAGGCUGUGGACAAAGAGGAGACCCAGGUGAGGAAAUCUUCAGCAGAGCUUUGCCCAGCCAACAACCAGAUGACCGAUACAGACUCUGCGAGAAAGGGAAAAUCAUCUACACCCGGUGUGACGUUUAAUCGUCUCUUUUCUGACAUCAAGGAGGAGCCAGAACACCCCACCCUGGUCCAUCCAAGUUAUUACCUGUACACAUAUGAUAAGAUGGUGGCUCCCAAUGUUUCUCUGAGGAGGGAGGCGGAGAUGAACCCCGAGAUGCUGGGAGCGCUGUUCAAACAUCACUUCAGCCGCAGACUGAUGGGUCAUGAUGAACCACACAUGGAUCUUCAUGCAUCGCCUUCUGUCGCUGCUGGUGCCGAAGAGGCCAAAUCUCAAUGUGCCAUUGCUGCUUCGGCCACUGUGCCUGAAUGCCAAACCCAGGCAGUUUCCAUGGAGACAAGCAGCCCAAGCUGCAGGAAAGCCACUCGCACCCCUCCUUCUCCAACACUGUUGUCGGUACCAGUAACAGAAGUAGCAACAAAGGACACGGGCUCUGUCACAGUGGUGGUGGGGGGUCUGGAGGACAACAAGGAUAGGAUUGUUGUGGAGAUAAUGCAGAUGUACAGCAGGCAGCAGGAGAAACUCAACUCCACCCUGCACAAGCAGCGGCAGCUAGAAAUGGAGCUGGAGGCAUUGCAUAGCGGUGAGGCAGCGAGACUACGGGAGCUGAGCGCAGAGCAGCGGGAACUCCGCAACGAACUGGAGGCGGUGCACAGUGAACAGGUGCGGCAGCUAUGCCAGGCCCGCCAGGAGCAGCUGGAGCUGGAGACUCGUCUGGAACAGCUCCGACAGCAGGGCUGUGCCUGCGAGCCCGGUGCACAGCGCCAACAAGAGGCCCGCUACGCUGCACAGUUGUCAGAGCUGCGUCAGAGGCUGGAGCGGGCCGAGGUCGACCGGCAGCAGCUGCAGGAAGAGCUCCGUGUGGAGCGGGAGGUGCGGGAGAAGCUGGAGCACACAAUCACCCAGCUCAAGCAGCAGAUGGCCCAGUCUGGCACAGCAGGAGGUGGCAGCCCCUCUCCUCCUCUGACGCCCUCCACCGUGCCACCUAAUACCCAGUCUCCAUUCUCAUCCUCCUCCCUCUCAGAGGCCCACGUAGCUGUCCAGAAGUAACAGUCACUCCUCCACAUGCCCACUUCCCUUCCUCGUUCCUGUCUACUCUUUUUUUCCCCCCACAUCAUCUGCGAAGUUUACACAUGAAACCAGCCUAAAUGUGGACUGAGCUCCGCAGCUUCCAAGGCUGCUGAAUUUUUGCUUCUCACCCUUCUCCCAUUUUGUUUGUGUUUGACUUUUGGAUUUUAUAAUUUCACAUCAUUUACAUUAUGUUUACUUGUCCUUUCUAGAAACAGUAUUUAAUCAUUUUUCUGCAUGUUUUUUUUUUUUAUUUUAUUUAUAGUUUUUACAGAACAAAACGGCUGCUUCACAGACAGGAGUUUGGUUAUUUAAAGACCAAUUCAGCCCAUUUCUCGUAUGUUCACCCCAUAUUCUUCUCUCCUUAUACUCUGGAUUCAGAAGCUGGUGACUUGUGUCUUUUGGAGUUUAAAGACUUGAGCUCAGACACACAGACUCUCACAUCCUGACAGACGCCACUUCAUAUACUAC